AUGGCGUCCAUUCUUCUGAGGAGCCCUGGCAGCUGGGCACCCGCCCGCUUCCCCAUGCCCGUCGCCACAGCGUGGAAGGGUGGCCUGGGGGACGGUGCUGGUGCUAUUCGUACCAACACCGUUGGGCUGGUCAGCCGCAUGGAUGCACCAUUUGGCUGCUGCGCUCGUGUCCACUCAUUGUACCGCUCCUUCAGAGGCCAUUGCUUCCGCGGCUGGCCUCUGAGGCCCGAGCGCUUGCACACGGUGGCAUCCGCCCCGCGUUUGGUUGUCAUGGGACCUGGGGACCUUCCUGUGCGCUGCUGGCACUCGUCGUACCCCCUCAGCAGUGGCUCCACAGUGACAUCUCCCAAGUCCCUCAGGGACAAGAAUAAGAAGCUAGAGGAAGGUAGCCCUGUGUCCAACACCACCGCGGAGGGGGCAGUGAAGCCUGGCCUCAAGCAGAGGAUCCUAGACGGGCUGAAGCACGUUUACCACGGCUUCCGCCUGCUCUGGAUCGACACCAAGAUCGCUGUGCGCACACUCUGGAAGAUUCUCAAGGGCCAGACCCUGAGCCGCAGGGAGCAUAAGCAGUUAGUUCGGGUCUGCGCUGACCUCUUCCGCCUGGUACCACUCCUUGCCUUUGUGGUAGUGCCAUUCAUGGAGUUUCUGCUACCCGUCGCCCUCAAACUCUUCCCCAACAUGUUGCCAUCCACGUUUGAGACACAAUCUAUCAAGGAAGAGAAGCUGAAGAAGAAGCUGCGGGUCAAGCUGGAGCUGGCCAAGUUCCUACAGGACACUGCUGAGGAGAUGGCCUCUAGGAACAAGGCAGCCACCAGGAGCAUUGCCAAAGACUUCUCCCAGUUUUUCCAGAAGAUCAGAGAAACUAGGGAAAGACCUAGCAAUGAGGAAAUCGUGCGUUUUUCCAGGUUGUUUAAGGAUGAGCUGACCCUGGGUAACCUGCCCCGGCAGCAGCUGAUGGCACUGUGUAAGCUGCUGGGACUCCAGGCCAUUGGCACCAACAGCUUCCUGCGCUUCCAGAUCACCAUGCAGCUGAGGUCCAUAAAGGCUGAUGACAAGCUGAUUGCUAAAGAAGGGGUAGACAGCCUGAAUGUCACACAGUUGCAAUCAGCCUGUCGGGAGAGAGGCAUGCCUGUCCUGGGUGUCACAGAAGAUCUGCUGAGGGACCAGCUGAAGCAGUGGCUGGACUUGCACCUGCACCAAAAGAUCCCCACUUCACUACUUAUAUUGUCUCAAGCUAUGUAUUUCCCAACCACCUUCUCUCCCACUGACCAGCUCACAUCCACACUGCAGAAGCUUCCAGAGAUUGUGGUGAAGGGAGCCCAGGUUCAGGUGGCCAAUGUUAAAGGCAGUCAGGUGGACAACAAGAUGAAGCUAGAGGCCACACUGCAGGAGGAGGCAGCCAUCCAACAGGAGCACUGGGAGAAGGAACUACAGAUGCUGUCCCAAGCAGUGGUAGAAGACACCUCUGGGAGGCCAGUGGCUGACCAGCAGCUGGAAGUGUCAGAUAGGAGCCUACCAUCAGAGUCCCAUCUCAUUGCCCCUGUGGUUGAGGUGUUGAAGGAAGAGGAAAUAACUAAGGAAGAAAUCCACAUACUCAGCAGUGCCUGUUCUCAACUGAAGGAGCAGAGGAAGUCCCUAUCCAAGGAGAAGGAAGAGCUUGAACUGCUGAAGGAAGAUGUCCAGGACCACAGUGAGGACUUACUAGAGAUCAAGAAGGAACUUUUGAAGACUGGUGGAAAAAAAUAUGUGGAAGCACCUAAAGCCAGCCAGAGGGUAAAAAAGAGAGUCCAGCAGAUGAUUGGACAGAUACACAGCUUGAUCUUGCAGCUGGAGUCAGACCAGAAGGCUGGCAAGCUAGAGCCAGCAAAGGGCUCACUCACAGGGACAGACAUUGUCAGUAUCACUGAGCUCGCCAGUGCCCUGAAGCAAAUCAAGCACAUUCCAGAAACUAAGCUGAUCCACUUGGCCUCAACAUUUGAUAAGAAUAAGGAUGGCAAGAUCAACAUUGACAAAUUCAUGAAGAUGGUUGAGCUGAUGGACAAAGAAGACAUUGACAUCCCCACCAGCCAGGUGGCCACAGUUUUGGCAAUGCUGGAAAAGGAGGAGAUGAUAAAGAAGGCCAAAGAAAGGGCUGAGAAUGAGGCUGCAGGAGUGAAGGCUUAG